AUCUCGUACCUUCCAGCGGAGCUUUUCUCGCCGCACCACCAACUUGUCACCAAAGAUGGCGAUUUGCUGAGUGCUCAUGGAUACACACAUUUCUCGGCUAGUCGUUAUCUUACCAGAAACGCCAACUUUAAAAACAAAUUAACUGUAUAGCGAGCAACUAUUUCUCCUUUUGAAGCACAUCUGACACAACGUCAGCUACCGCUACCAUGCAGAUCACGCUUAAAACACUGCAACAGCAGACUAUUCAAAUUGAGAUAGACCCCGUACAAACGGUGAAGGCCUUAAAAGAGAAGAUAGAAGCAGAAAGAGGAAAAGACAACUUUCCUGUAUCUGGGCAGAAGCUGAUAUACGCUGGAAAAAUCCUGCAAGAUGACACACCUAUUAAGGACUACAAUAUUGAUGAGAAAAACUUUGUUGUAGUGAUGGUUUCUAAGGCUAAACCCGCAGCUGCCGCCUCGCCUCCAGCCUCAGAAGCACCCAAGCCCCCUGUACAGGACUCUGGCUCCACGUCAACAGCUGUCCCGGUUACAACCCCAGCUCCAGUCCCAGUCCCGACCCCAGCAGCUGUCCCCAUUCCCUCCGAGGAGGCCAAAGAGGAGCCAAGUGUCGCAGCCACAGAACCCCAACAACCAGCCAGCUCCAGUGCCGCGGGUCAGGGCUUGGAUGCCUCCUCAGCGCUGGUGACUGGAGCCGAGUACGAGGCCAUGCUCACAGAGAUCAUGUCUAUGGGCUAUGAAAGGGAGAGAGUGGUGGCUGCACUCCGGGCCAGUUUCAACAACCCCCACAGAGCUGUGGAGUACCUUCUCACUGGUAUCCCCAGCAGCCCAGUCCAGGAGAGUAAUCCCCCGGCUCAGGCCCCCGCGUCUGGACCUACAGAAGCCCCGUCUCUAGCAGAGGGAGAGAACCCACUUGCAUUCCUGCGGACCCAGCCCCAGUUUCUGCACAUGAGACAGGCCAUCCAGCAGAACCCUGCUCUGCUACCAGCUCUCCUCCAGCAACUAGGCAGAGAGAACCCUCAGCUCCUACAGCAAAUCAGUCAGCAUCAGGAGCUGUUCAUCCAGAUGUUGAACGAGCCAGUGGGAGAGGGGGGAGAGGCGCCAGAAGUUGGAGAGAUGGGGGCAGCGGGGGAGGAGGGCGCCCCCGUCAACUAUAUCCAGGUUACACCUCAGGAGAAGGAAGCCAUUGAAAGGUUAAAAGCGUUGGGUUUCCCUGAGGCUCUGGUGAUCCAGGCCUACUUUGCCUGCGAGAAGAACGAGAACCUGGCAGCCAACUUUCUCCUCAACCAGGGACUGGAAGAUGACUGAACAGCGCUGCCUUCCUGCUCCUCCCUCCUACCCUUCCCCUCUUCAGCCCAGCAUAAAGACUGCACCCCCCCCCAACUUCCACCCUCAGCUCAACGCAACAGGAGGGGAGGAGAGGGGAGAGCCAGUAGGGGGGUGGGGGUGGGUUAGGUUAUGGCGGGGGUUACACGCUUAAAGUACACAAAGUGGAGGUUGUGUGCAGGAAGGUCGGUGUGAGAGAGUGGGGGAUGAUAAAAUCCACGUGAAUUCCAAUGGAAUGUGUGGGUUUGUCUAGGGGAGCACUAUAAUUUGAUUUUAGACGCGCUUUGUGACAUUAGGGGAGGGGGGGGGGGGGGGCGAGGGUUUGCGACCAGAGUGUGUGCUUGUGUCUGCGUGUGUGAGUACGUCCGUGUGCCUGUGCAGGUGGAUGCGAUACAGUUAAGCUGAAAAAAAGUAAUCAAUUUGCAUUCUCUAAGUUUGUUAAUGCUGUAGCUGGAUUGUAUGGAAGCACAUUCUCCUCACUGCACUUCGACAACAUUAUCAGUGUGUGUAACUGCUUGUAUGUACCUCUGUAAGCCUCAUGUACGUACGUCCAAGAAUGAUAUUGGCAGAGAUGGACCGAACCGUGCUACCCUCUGUAUGUGUCUGCCAUGAUGUUGCUGGGGUCUAUCAGUCUGUUUUGGGGGGGGGAACAAUGGGAACUAAACUGACAAAUAAGUAUCUGGGUAUUCUGUUCACUUUGUCCUUCCAUGGUGGCUGCACAGAUUGCAGCCAAUCAGAGUCCCUGCAAAUGCUGUGCCUUUUUUUUGUCCGUGCCGAUAGCUUUUGGUGCUGAUAACACUUCCCAUAAAAAUCUACUGUGCAACUUUAACAUUAGGUUCCCCAAGAUUCUGACACUGGCCACUAAGGUGAAGUAGUUUUACCCUCAUUUGGUAAAGUUCAGUCAGUAGAUGCAGCUGAUUGCAUAAACAGAAUAUGAUUUUUCCCCCCAACUUUACCAAAAGAGGGUCAUUGUAUGGAGAUGGCCCACGCUCUUAACUCUGUCCUUUAGUUUGCCAGGAUUUGACUCUCAGUAUGUGGGAAGACAUUUUUACAAGUAAACCAAAAUUAUUAGAUAUCUUCACUCUUAUGUUCGUAUGUGUUAUAUGCAAAUAUGUUUGCAUAUAAAUCUGUGUGUUUUGCUUGGCGAGGUCUGAACCAUCUGCAUGGAGUUAUCCAGGACCUUGUAACGACUUCUUCUUUUUCUGUAGGUCAACUCUUAAUAGGUUCCAAAUGAUACGUUAAGAAUAAACAACUUUAUCCAGUCAUAUUGUUACUACCAUCAUACAUUGUACUAUGAAAAAAAGUCUAAAAAAAGCUUUUUCUUUGCCUUGUUAUAUUGUUCAGAUAUUAAAAACACUUCAGGGAAAGAACUGGGAACUAGAUCUUUAUACAAUUACUUUUAGAGAAAUCCUACUGUAACUUCAUCUCAACCUGGGAAAUUGUUAGAAUUUUAAACAAUUUGAUUUGAUUAAAUCUGAGUUCAAAUAAAUUCUGAAUAAAUGACACUGAAGUAA